AUAUUCCUAGUAGUACUUUCAUAUGCGGUUUGUGUCUUAAGCCUAUUCAACUCGAAGACUCAUUCGACUUCAAGGGCUGUCCCCACUUUUAUUGUACUCCAUGCAUUGUGAACUUUGUAGUCUCCAAGCUCCAAGACAAUGCCGAUUGGGCUCUGCAAUGCCCUAUGACAACCUGUACCGGAACACUAGACCCUGACUACUGCCGGCCAAUCCUUCCGAGACAGGUUUUUGAUUCGUGGAUGAAUGCAUUGUGUUAUCAGAUUGAGCAAUCUUCUUAUGGUGCCGAAAGCAGUAAUAGUGGUACUACUUUUACAUGUGAUUUUUGUGUUGAGGAAAAGCAUCUGAGUGACUCGUUUAGUGUCAAAGAUUGCAGCCAUUUUUACUGCCACCAAUGCAUCGUCAAUUUUGUGGUGUCAAAGCUGGAGGACAAUGUGACCUCCAUUGUGUGCCCCGAGCCAGGCUGCAGAGGAGUGCUAGACCUGCAGUACUGUCAGCCAAUUCUCCCGAAAGAUGUUCUUGAUUGGUGGGGGAAGGCCUUGUGUGAAAAUGUUAUUUUGGGGUCGGAGAACAAUGACAAGUAUUUCUACUGUCCCUUCAAGGAUUGCUCGGCACUGCUGGUUGUUGAUGAUCCGGAGGAUGAGCAUGACAUAUACAAGUCUCGGUGUCCUCAUUGCAAAAGAGAGGUAUGCUUGAAUUGCAAGGUUCCUUGGCAUACGGAGUUCAACUGCGACAAGUUUCAGAAAUUGAGAGACAAGGGUGAAGAUGAGAUGGUGAAGGAGCUUGCCAAGAAAAAGAAGUGGAGCAAGUGCCCAAAAUGCAACUACUAUGUUGAGAAAAAAGAGGGGUGCACUUACAUUAAAUGCAGGUGUAGGCAUGCUUUCUGUUACAACUGUGGAAUAGCAGCUGCCGUUGAUGGUCCACAUACAUAUCAUUGUCCAAGCUGUAAAAAGUAAUAGUCUUUGUUUAGGGGUCGAUUGUUAUGCUAUUCGAAAGUGAUCGUUUCUUGUUUUUGUGCCAAAUGAAAACAUUCAAAUAGCGUUAAGCAAUUUCGUUUAACUUGUUUUUGUUUUCAAGAAUAACCCAAUUUUUUCUCAUGAAACCAUCUUUUUGCAUUAGUUCUACAGAUUGAUGCAGGUGGUUAAUUUGAUUACAGAAUAGAG